CGUGACUAUCGGUUUCUUAACACGUUUCCUAGUGAAUGUUUAAUUUUCAUUUUCGGCAAUAAUAUAAUUUAAAAAUCCACGAGUGCAAACAAAUCUGAAGUGAUUUCCUAGUAAGGAAAACAAAGCGAUAUAAAAAACACGAUUUUAAUCCAAAAACAAACGAAAGAAGGAAGAGAACAGAGAACAAGGAGGAGCAACUAUAUAUAUUUGUCCCCCAUCGCCCGUGUGUGCGUGCGUGUGUGUGGUAGUAGUAGUAUUUUUUUUCAUUUCUGUUUUCACUGUACGUGCGGAUUGAUUCAUAUUAUUUCAUUACAUGCCACCAGCGAUGUAGAGCUGCUGAUGGCCCCUUUUCCACGGGGGCCGCGGCCAAUGAAACCACAGACCCAAAAAAAGAAAAUAAGAGACAAAAACAAAUUACGCCGUAGAUGUAAAAAAAAAGCGCCAAGAAGAAGCAACAGCAAAUACGUCAAAUAUAUUUAAUCUCCAAUACCAUUGCACUUUAAACGUGUGUGCUGAAAAAUAAAAACAAAAACAACAAGAAACCUCCGCUCAGGAAUUGACAACUGAUACGUAGAAUUAUGAACGUAGAGAGCCAAUUGAAGACACCGCUAACGCACAUACGCAAUCUGGUCAAGCACGUGAAUAAGCGAAAUUUUAAUGAGAGCAGCGAGCAAAUAAAGCAGUUCGUCAAAGCGCACGGCCUGGAAGCGGAUCGCAGCAGUCUGCGCCACCUGUUCUCCGUGAUCAACUUCACCGAUCCCGCGCCAUCGGUUACAGCCCAGCUGCAGGCGAAGCUCCUGGGAGCCCAGUUGCAGCGGCAGCUUCAGAGUUCCUCGUUUGUGUCGACCAUCUGCUACGCUUUUGACCAGUACUUCGUCAGCAACCAGAAGUCCUUAAAGCCUGCUGCGGUAGCGGAACUUGUUGGCCAGGUCGCUCGGUUAACAGGCAUUAACAAACUCUGUGAGUGCAUUUUUGCCUUGGCAGUAACUCACUCCUCGCACACGGAACUCAGGAAUUCGGCAAAGAACAAUUUAACAGGAAGCCUUAGCGAACUAAUUGACUCCUACUUGGGCAAGAACAAUAGCAGCCCGGCGAGCAGCGGUCUCCAGGAAAUCUCAUUUGACUUGCUGCAGUAUUUGUUGUGCUGCCUUAGCGAUUACGUGAAACCGCAGCUGGAGGCGCAGUUUUUGGUAAAACUUCGGGAGGAGUUUCCGCGUCAAGCGGUGCCGCUGGUUUUAGCGCCGUUUCUAUACGGCUCGACGACGGCGUCGAUUGCGGGAGCGGGUGCCAGCGAAACGGAUGCGGAGGGCGAAACGACGGCUAGUAGCAAUAGCUCCAGUUCAGAGGCAGAUGCUCUGAACGAGGUGGGAAUUGAGGAUAUCUAUGACCAUUUAAGCGAAAUAAUAUUCACCAACCAGGGCAAAAAUAAUAUUAUGGACACAUCCUGGAUUAAUUUAAUCCUUGAAAUCGGUUAUGAAUUUACAUCGAGCGUUGAAGAGUGCAAGAAUCAUUUGUGUUCCCGUGAGCGAGAACGCGCUGAGCUCCAGGCCAAAGAUGUCGCCAAGAUCGUGGGACUUAUGUGCCGCCGGCACUCGUCUCUGCUCGAUUGUAAUGUGAACCUACCAACGCCGGCGAAUUUCUGGCCUGGUCAGGGACAGGGCGCUGGUAGUAAUAGCAGUGGUUCUACGCAGGCACAAAGCACUCCGCAGCAACAGAACUCCGGCAGCAGCAACAACAACGAUGGCAGCGACGGAAACUCGUCUAGUGAUAAGAAGGACAAGAAGGAGACGUCAGAGGCCACACAAACUUGGAAGCCAGAUGUGUUCGUGCAGGCCCUCAAGGAUGUUGUGCCCCAGCUCAACUGGAAGGACGUGUGCAUGGAACUCGAUCAUCCAGAGUUCGUGUUAAAGGACAGAAUCGGUUUGGAGCUACUAUUGACCAUCCUUCGACUAGCUACUGGCUCCAAUAUAUUUCCACAUCCAGAAUGCAUUUACCGCCACUGGGCAAACACGGAGGGUCAGCUGUCGCUUAUAGCGACGAUGCUAAAGAACCCGGAUCUCUUCUCCUUUGCCGACUUUGUAUUUAGCCAACCAGCUUUGGAUGUGCUAAAGACGGCUCCGGAUGCGGACAACAAGGAGAUUUCGGCCUGGAAGUCACUUCACCUGGUUGAAGUGCUGCUUUCCAUUGCGGACAAGGGAUACUAUACACAGGUCCAUGAGCUUUUCAAGUUUCCCGCGCAAAAUUGUCCCGAUGUACUGUUUCUGGCCUUACUGCACAUAAAUCCGCCUGCGACGCCGCUGCGCCAAGAUCUGUUUAAUCAACUGAUACCAACGUUCCUGGGCAAUCAUCCGAACUCGAACGUGAUUUUGGCCAGCGCCUGGAGCUCGACCAACUUCGCGUUGCGCCCCAACAUCAUGAAUGCCAUGUCCGAGUGGUAUCUGCGAGGCAGUGAAUUCGACCAGGUGAAGCUUUCCCGCAUUUUGGACCUUGCACAGGACCUGAAGGCGCUCUCUUCUCUGCUUAACGCACGAUCCUUUUUAUUCAUCAUCGACCUGGCGUGCCUUGCCUCUCGGCGCGAGUACCUGAAGCUGGAGAAGUGGCUAACCGACAAGAUUCGAGAUCAUGGGGAGCCCUUUAUGCAGGCGAUAAUUAAGGUGCUACACCGCCGCUGCCCGCAGGUGAUGAACGCCAAAGUGCCCGAGGACCAGUUGCCUCCCAAACAAGCCCAGCUCUUGCCGGAAACGGUUACCACAAUGAUUAACUGUCUGCAGACUUGCAUUAAUAACUGCAUGCAGCCGGAGAUGGUAGAGGUGAUAAUGCAGAUGACCGCAAACAUGGCCAUUAUGGCUAACAAGGCUCGUGCUCAACAACAGCAGCCAGGGUUGGUUCCGCCACCUCCCCCAACCAUUCUGCGCGGCCAUCGUGGCAUGGAUCUGCCUGGGGGCAUUGUUCCUCCGCCGCCACAGCAACCAUUCUCAGGAAACCUUAAUGCGCAGAUGUUCGGACCCGGAAUGGAUCCGCUGACAAACAUGUCUAACAACCUAGCCGGACUCAACCUGAGCGGCCCGAACGGAUCAUUUAACUUUGGCAACAUGUUGACCUCUCCAUCGCGUUUGAUGACUCCAGGAGCCAAUCCCUAUCCGCUGAACCCUAUGCAGAUGCCACAGGCACCGCCGCCACCUAAUGUCGGAAAUCUUGGUCGUAUGCUUCCGGGUGGUCCACAACAGCAGACUCCUACGCCAACUCCAACGGCACCCAAUCCAAAUAAUCCUGUGAUGGCCGAUCUCCAGAUACCUGUAUCCAAGGAAGUAGAAGACGAGGUCAACUCAUAUUUCCAGCGCAUCUAUAACCACCAACCGAAUCCUACUCUGUCCAUCGACGAAGUGCUGGACAUUCUGCAACGCUUUAAGGAGUCGAGUAACCGCCGUGAGCAGGAGGUAUUUCUAUGCAUGCUGCGAAAUCUUUUUGAAGAAUACCGCUUCUUCUGUCAAUAUCCGGAAAAAGAGCUGCAGAUUACAGCACAACUCUUUGGUGGCAUCAUCGACCGCAACCUGGUGCCCACAUUUGUUGCUCUGGGACUGUCACUGCGUUGUGUCCUUGAUGCGCUUCGUAAGCCGGACGGCUCCAAGCUUUACUAUUUUGGUGUAACGGCACUGGAUAGAUUCAGGACGCGAUUGCACACGUACAAUAAGUACUGUGAGCACAUUCGCUCUAUUCCUCACUUUUCGGACUUUCCGCCCCAUCUUAUUCAGUAUGUAGAAUAUGGCAUGCACGGUCAGGAGCCGCCUCCGCAAAAGCUGAUAGGCCUCAGCAACACGAUUCCGUCUGCAAUUUCAACAGGACCACCAAUCGAACCACUUUACAGGGCUAACUCCAUGCUUGGUAACAUGCCUACAUCCACCCCUGGAUCGGGACCCAAAUCAACCUCUGCCGUGUCGCAUGCCACUAGGAUGAAGUCCAUUGCAAAUGCCACCAAUAUUGACACCCUUUUGGUGGCCAACCAGGAAGAGAAAGUUACUGUGCCACCGGAACCUGUACAAGAUAAAACGGCCUUUAUAUUCAACAAUCUGAGCCAGCUGAACAUACCUCAAAAGUGCGAUGAGAUUAAGGAGAUAAUGACCAAGGAGUAUUGGCCAUGGCUAGCACAGUAUUUGGUCCUUAAACGCGCCUCUAUGGAGUUCAACUUUCACACGCUCUAUUACAACUUCUUGGAUGCCCUUAAGAACGGCGAGAUCAACCGAUUCGUGACCAAAGAGACGCUGCGUAAUAUUAAAGUGCUUUUGCGCUCUGAUAAGGGAGUAAUCAACUUCUCCGACCGCAGUCUGCUGAAAAACCUCGGUCAUUGGCUGGGCAUGAUGACCCUAGGUCGCAAUCGCCCCAUCCUGCAGUUGGACCUAGAUCUAAAAUCGCUUUUGGCUGAGGCGUAUCAUAAAGGACAGCAGGAAUUGCUUUUUGUGGUGCCCUUCGUGGCGAAGAUUCUUGAGUCAUCCGCCAAGUCACGCAUCUUCCGAUCCCCCAAUCCAUGGACCAUGGGUAUCAUGUACGUGUUAGGCGAGCUUCACCAGGAGCCGGACCUUAAGCUGAACCUCAAGUUUGAAAUCGAAGUGCUGUGCAAAACACUAAAUCUAGAACUGGCCAAGUUGCGACCAGUAAUCUAUUUAAAGGAUCCAGGUCGUGCUCUGCUUAUUGAACAACAAAUGUCGCAGCCUAAGCCAAAACAACUGGAGUCAGUUGCUCCAGCGCCUUCACUGCCACGUGAACAGCAGUCCCCGGCACAACCACCGCCGCCACCACAGCAGCAGCAGCAGCCACAACAACCACAGCAGCAACAACAACAGGCUCCUCCACCACCACCCACGGGUGAUGUGGACGCCCAAAAUGCGGCUGCUAUGAUGAUGGCAGCAGGGGGAGCUAACAGCACUCCUGGAUCGGUGUCUUCUCCCAAUCUACCCACGGAUCCCAGCCAGGUGAUACUACCGCCACCAGAGCCGCGGUAUUCCUAUGUCGAGGUGAACGUGAGCAACUUCCAGGUUAUUGGCCAGCAGUUGGUGCUGCCACCCAAUAUGCCGUUCCUGCACGGUAACCCGGGAAUCAAGCACAUUGUGAUCAAUGCCAUUGAGCGCACAAUUACCGACUGGCUGCAACCUAUCGUGGACCGAAGCAUUCGCAUUGCAUGCGCCACCACCGAGCAGAUCAUCCGCAAGGAUUUCGCAUUGGAUGCUGACGAGAACCGCAUGCGUACUGCUGCCCAUCAAAUGGUACGCAACCUUGCUGCCGGCAUGGCGAUGAUUACCGGUAAGGAUGAAAUUGCACGUGCGAUUAGCCAGAAUAUGCACAAAGCCUUGAUAUCGGCUCUAAACGGAAUGCCUACUUUGACGGAGAUUCAAAAUGCCGCCAUGCAACUGGCCAGCGAGAAUGUAGAGCUAGUGUGCGCCUUUAUCCAGAAAACAUCUGCUGAAAAGGCUGCCGCUGAGAUUGAUAGACGUCUAAGCACCGACUUUGAAACAAGAAAAAUUGCCCGUGAAGAGGGUAACCGAUUUGUAGAUGCCCAGAUCCUAAGCUACCAACAGGAGCGUCUUCCAGAAGCAGUGCGUGUCAAGGUUGGCCCUGCUCCAGCUGCACUUUAUGUUGUAUACUCAGAGUUCGCAAAGUGCAUACCUGGCUUUCAGCAGAUGACCGAACGUGAUAUAGCCCUGUUUGUGCCCAAACCACAGGAUUUGUCGCAGCCAAAUGUGUUUGCCAAUGAUGAAAGCAGCUUGGUAUAUGCAGAAUUGGCCAGUAAAAUGGAAGCGUUCAUGAACACGGCAAUCGGUGUGCCUUCUCUGCAGGUGCAGGCCAGCAAGAUGCACAUGCUUCUAAACGCAUUGAUGUCGACGCGUCGGCUCCGUGACCAAGAGUCGGCCUUUAAUCUACUGACCCGAGCCGUAGAGGGUUUGACCGAAGGUUUGGUUAAUAUGCAUGAAAAUAUGGAGCAGAUGAAGCUCUACCAAAACAUCCAUCUGCGUAUCAUCGGCCUGCUGCACAAUAGCUUUGGUGCUCCAAACACAGAGCGGGCGGUGACCAAGUGCUUCUUCGACAUCCGCGAGGAGGUGCGUUACAAUGUGGAAGCAGCUCGUGCGCUGAUUACCUCGCACUUUGUCAAUUUGAAUCAGUUUGAUGGAAUGCUCCGUGAUUGUAUGGACAACGGGAAUAACUAUGUGGCGAUCUCUUUUGGUAUCGCACUGCUGGAGCGCCUAAUCAUGGACGAUCGAGUAAUUAACAUUGUUUCGGACAACGAAUUCAUGGCUACCGUAGAGUUGCUGGGUAGACUUUCUCAGCACCGUCAUCGAUAUCCCGAAUGCAUCGUGAAUGCUAUCGACACGCUGUGGAGCGGAAACUUUAACUCGAGCACCGACUACAGUCCUUUUAAUGCCAAUGAGCGUUACUUGGCGGGAGCCUCUCACUACAUCCACUCCGGCAUGCAGCACGUGAGGUCAUGCGAUACGGAUGAUCCGCCAGGCUUACAGGAAAAGACCGAGUUUCUGCUCAAGGAUUGGGUGGCACUGUACACCCAACAGAACCAGCAAUCAACACGUGAUGCCCGCAAUUUCGGUGCAUUUGUCCAGAAAAUGAACACAUAUGGAAUCCUUAAAACGGAUGACCUGAUUACUCGCUUUUUCCGACAGGCCACACACAUAUGCACAGAUGUGGUGUACAGAAUGUUCGCCGAGCCAACUUUGCCAAUCAAUCAGGCCAAGAACAAGAUAUUCCAGUGGAUUGAUGCUUUCGUACACCUGAUCGCAAUGCUUGUGAGACACUCGGGUGAAGCAGGCAAUCCAACUACAAAGAUCAAUCUGUUGAACAAGGUGCUGGGCAUUGUACUGGGCACGCUGCUCAAAGACCAUGAGAUGCGUGGCGUUAGCUUCCAGCAGGUGGGCUACCACCGCUUCUUUAUGAUGCUGUUCACGGAGCUCUGCUCAGCCGACGCAAUCCUUGAAUCGUUAAUGCACAGCAUCGUGUCGGCCUUUGCCUACACAUAUCAUCUGCUGAAUCCCAGUGUGGCUCCUGGCUUCUGCUUCGCAUGGCUUGAGCUCAUCUCACACCGCGUCUUUCUGGGUCGAAUUCUCGUCCAAAUUCCCAACCAAAAGGGUUGGCCGCUUUACGCGCAGUUGCUGCAAGACCUUUUCAAAUAUCUUGCGCCCUUCCUACGCAACACGGAGCUCGGCAAACCAGUGCAACUCUUGUAUAAGGGUACGUUGCGUGUUCUACUUGUUCUGCUGCACGACUUCCCAGAAUUCUUGUGCGACUACCAUUUUGGGUUCUGCGAUAGCAUUCCGCCCAACUGCGUCCAGAUGCGUAACAUCAUCCUGUCGGCUUUUCCACGCAACAUGCGCCUGCCUGAUCCUUUCACGCCUAACCUGAAGGUGGAUAUGCUUUCGGAUAGCAGCAAUGCACCCAAGGUGCUUAGCAGCUAUGUCAUGAACAUCCAGCCACCAAACUUCAAGAAGGAUUUGGACUCGUACCUUAAGGCUCGUGCGCCGGUUACUUUCCUCUCGGAGUUGCGUGGUCACUUGCAGGUGACUAGCGAGCCAGGAACGCGAUACAACAUGACACUGAUGAAUGCUCUGGUCAUGUAUGUGGGCACCCAAGCGAUUGCUUUGAUUAGGAACAAGAACUUUGUGCCCAACACUUCCAACAUAGCACACAGCGCUCACAUGGACAUCUUCCAGAAUCUGGCUGUCGAUUUGGAUACAGAGGGUCGCUAUCUUUUCCUGAAUGCGAUUGCCAAUCAGUUGCGAUACCCCAAUAGCCACACGCACUACUUCAGCUGUGCGGUACUGCAUUUGUUCGCAGAGGCCAACUCUGAGGCAAUUCAGGAGCAGAUCACGCGCGUCCUACUCGAGCGAUUGAUCGUGAACCGCCCGCAUCCAUGGGGACUGCUCAUCACAUUCAUUGAGCUGAUCAAGAAUCCCAUUUACAAGUUCUGGGACCAUGACUUUGUGCACUGCGCGCCGGAGAUUACCAAGCUCUUUGAAUCGGUGGCCCGGUCCUGUCUGGCCAAGUCCAACGUCACCCAGCAGCUGAACAUGCCCGUCGUCGAUGGCGAGGGCCAGGAGGUGGCCACCAUCAACUGAGAAAACGCCACCGUCCGACGCUUCUGCCUGGAGGUCUGCGCUAGACCCAGACGCAGGCAGUAGCUGCCUGGGCAGCACACCACCACCACAACAACAACAGCAACAACAACAAACAGCACAUCAUUCAUUGAAUUCUACUAACCAUUACUGUGUUUAGUUCUUAGUAAAUCGUUUUAAGAAGACAGUGAAAUCAGCAACAGUUAGACACAAACAUUUACAAAGCAACAAAAAACUGCAACAAUAAGAAUAGAGCAAAAAGCAGGCCAGGCCAACUGCUGAGCUGUAUACUGAAAUUUGACUUGUAUUUAAACGAACGGAAACGAUAUUUUAAAUGCCCUCCCCCUUUGCUGGGGAAUGUUACAAAUUUUUAAUUGAGUUGUAUUAUAAAUGGUAGGUGAAGGCGUUAAACUGUUUAUGACAGAUACUGUGUAAAGAAAUCAAUCAAAUCGAUAAAAAGAAAAGAAAAAACGAAAAACAUAAAAAACAAAACAAGAAAAAAAAUGAAAAUUAAAAAAGAGAAAAAUAUUUUCUACAAAAAAAAUUGCAAAAUGUACAAUGAAAAUGCGAAAAAACUAACAAAAGCGAACGGCCACAUAUGAAAUUUGUGUACACAUAUUAUUGAAAAAGCUAAGGAACCAGGAAGCAGAAACCAAGUAAACCUACUCUCAAUACCGCUGAGAGCGAUAUUUAUAGACGUGAAUCGAAGAUAGCUGAAGCUGAAAGUUUUGAAAGAUCCUCAAGUCAAUAAUAAUUCGAGUUGUCAAAGUAGCUUACCUCCCAGCCAACUCAAUGAUGUAUCAUUUGCAAAUUUACGUUACCUUUAAGAGUCCCUCAGUUAGUCUACUCGUAUACGUUAACUUUUUAAAAUGUUCCCGCACAACAACAACAACGGCAGUCACUGCAACAUUAACCAGAACCAACCAAUGUUUGAUCUUCUUAUACGCAACUUAAGCGAUACGUUUUGUUUUUAUCUACAUAAUUUUAUGAACUGAUUAUUAACUGAAAUGGAAAUACUUGAACACUUUCUAGCUUGUUAAACGUAUAAUCGAUCCUCCAUGUAAAGAUAAACGCUGUUAAAAUCAGAGAAGGAAAGAGAGAUGUAGAAAGAGCGUGGCACAGAGUCGAAGCCAUUAUCUAUAUAAAUCUUUAUAUAAAUAUAUAAAAUAUGUAUUUCUAAUUAUAAAUACGUAAUGUAAAUCGAGUUUGGUAGCCGCGCGGCGAGUAGAAGGGCAGCAAAGUGAGAUCGAUUCUAAAUUCAUUAUCCUACGUUAGGCAAGUUCGUUGCGAGUUAUGUACGUGUUAUUAGCCCCUCUCUCCCACCCGACACUCAAGCAAGGAAGCACCCAAUGCAGCAACUCUAUUAGUUUUAAAAGUCUAUACCGCAAAUGAACAUUCAUUGUAUUUACGCAAGUCAAAUCUAUUUUGAAUUAAACUGAAUUGAAGCCUGAAGCCGAGCAAAGAAGUGCAUAUGUAGAAAAUAUGUGUAGAGGAGUGGAUAAGAGAGUAGAAGAUAGGGCUAGCUUAUUAGCCAAAGGCCCAACUCAUUUAUAGACUAAUUCCGUUUGCGAUGGCUAAGAAGUAUAUAUGUAUGUAUAUGAUGGAUGUACAGACAUUCGUUCACCGAUCGACCGACACAUUCAUUAACGAAAUCUGCGACACAAGAAACCACAACAAAUCUACAUUGAUAAAUAAUAAUCCAUUACAAUCGAAAUAAGUAACACUAUGCAUUAAGAGAACAAUAUAUAUAUAAAAAUUAAUAUGUAUACAAAACAAAUAUUAAAUGUAUAAAUGGCAAAAUUUUAAAAA